AAGACUAGCAAUAGGCUGCAAUACUAACCAUAGAAGGAGGAAGAUAAGAAUACAUUCAUACAACAAGAAGAAAGAAGAAGAAGCUCCACAAAGAAUUUCACAAUCUUCUCCCUUUCUGAAUCAAAUAAAAUCAUGAAUACUACUUUGAUUAAAUCCCAAAUAUUAAAUCAAUUCUUCCCAACACAAAUGAAAUCUAUCCCAAACCCAAAAUCCUCAUCUUUCAAUAACUUUUCUUCAUAUGAUUCCCCUGCAUUUCUAAGACAUGGAAACCCCAAUUCCCUUUCCCUUUCCGCAAAAAACAAAUACUGGGUGAUACAAUCACAGAGCAAGGAACAAGAAGAAGGAAUCAAUGAAGAGUUGAAAAAACGUUUACUGGUGUUCAGUGGAGCUACUUCAAUUGGGAUUUUGCUGAUGAUGAUGGGCCAAGAUAAGGCAUGGGCUUUAGGCCCAGAAGGUCCAUUAAUGGAGGAAUUCUGGGAGAAUGUAAGAAGGUAUGCAUUGUAUGCACUUACUGUAAGUACUGGGGUUCUUUAUGCAGUUUUACAGCCUAUUUUUGAGCUGCUUAAGAACCCAAUCUCUGCAGUUCUGGUUGUCAUUGUCAUAGGUGGCUCCUUUUUCAUCGUUUCUCAAAUUGUUUCUGCUAUGGUUGGCGUCUCCGACUUCUCUUAUCAAUACGCUUAUUAGACAUAGACGAGUCUGUGUAAUAAUUCAAGUUUUACGAUUUAUGAAUAGUAUUUUUAAAGGUCGUUGAGCUUGAGGUUAAGUGAGGUUGUGCACUUGUACUUUAAAGUUGUUCAUUCUCAAUUUAGUUAUUUACCUAGUCGAAGUUAGUGUGUUGAUGUUCAAUUGAAAUGAUAAUUGAUAACUUACCUACAAUAAAUGUAAAUUUGAAGUGAUAAAUACACACUUGAAAGUUGAAACCA